CAAACAGAGUCUCGAGGCUAUCGUCUGGACGGGACGGUGGAUAUCCAUCCCAAAAAACAGAGUUGCAGUGCGUCAUCGUGUGCCCACUCAUCUAUUGCAUUCAUACAUACUCCUGAAAACCUUCAAUUUAAUUCAAUUCAAGAAGAAAAAACCGUAACAGAAAACCAAAGUUUCUCAAAGAUAGCAAUUUUUUUUUUGUGUGUGUGAAGCAUAUGCAAUCAAAAUCGAAUUGAACCGAAGAAGAGCGAGAGAGUUACGAAUCGAGAGGAGAGAGAAUAGCAAAAAAUGGCGAUGCGAGACCUUGUAUCGGGAGGUGCGGCUUGCGCCGUUCCUGGCUCUUCUUCUUCCUCGAAUCCUCUCGGUGCUCUCGCAAACGCCCUUAUUGGCUCUUCUUCUAAACCUCAGGAAAGGCUGCCGGAGAUUCCUACUGCAACAACCACAACUUCUGAUGGCAAUUUUUACUCGGGGACUGAUGUGACAGCACUCCCAGGUUCAGAGUUAGAUAUUCCAUUACAGCCCAAUGCCCAGGGAUCAGAAUUCUUUCGGGGAUUCCACUCUGCAGAUCAGAGUAGAUAUGCAGAUGUUUGGGAUGAGAUACAGAAUCCACUAGGUCCUCAUUCUCAGGGAAGAGACAGUCUAACCAACUUUCCAGUGUUUGAGCACACACAAGGAGUUAAUACUCAGCUUCAACCGAAUUUGGAUGGGCCACCACAAAGAGUGCUGUCAAGUUUUUUGCAUUCAUUUGUUAACAGUAGCCGUGGUGGUAUUCCUUUUCAUCCUACUUCACUUCCAGUAUUAGGAUUAUCUGAAGGUGACAAGCAAUGCAUACGCGAUCGCAGCAGUAUCAUGGCUCGACACUUUUUUGCUGAUAAGAACGAAGAUUUUAUUAAUUCACAGGUAAAUGCAUUGUUAUGUUCCUUAGAUAUUGAUAAUGAUAUUCGGGCUAAGGGGCCUCUGCCUGGGAGAUUCCGUGAGAUGGAAGAGUACUGGAACGAGUCCCAAGGCAUGCUUAAACCGGCUCAUCCUACAGAUGGAUGGGUUGCUGAAUAUACACAAGCCAGAGUGGAACAUGGUAACCCUAAUUCUUGGGCCCAGUCGUUUGAACAGCAAUACGGCGUUAAUGGUUGGGCUUCUGAAUUUGAGCAUGAACAAUCUCAGUUGACAUCGGUAGAUAGAAUGAGAGGUGCAAAUAUUUCAAACUUAGCUGCUAUGGAGCAGACUCGUAUGCUGGCGCACACAUUAUCUCAAAAUGAUGACCCCAAAUUCCAGAAUUCAAAAUUCCUCCAGUUUGUGUCUAAGAUGAGUCGUGGCGAAGUUAUUAUCGAGGAUAAUCAAGUCAAACCAGCUGCAUUACCUGCAGUUGGGGAUUGGGCAUCAGAAUAUCAACAACAGUUUGAUGGAGGUCAUACAUGGGCCGACCAGUUUGUGCAUAAUGAGCUUUCUCAUGGACCUGAUAGGUGGGUGAAUGAGUUCGCUGCUGAACGUGAGCAACAUGGAUCAGUUGAUGAUCAGUGGGUCAAUGAAUUUUCCAAGUUGCAUGUUCAGGGCUGGGUAGAAGAGUUUGGGCAGCAGGUUGGUGAAGGGGCAUUGGGGGAUAGUUCUGCUGACAACUGGGCAAAUGCAUAUGAUGAGUUCUUAAAUGAGCAAGCUGUUGCCAAGCAGCAAUCAGACACUUCAAGGGGGGUCUAUGUCUUUUCUGAUAUAAAUCCAUAUGUUGGUCACCCCAAUCCCUUGAAAGAGGGUCAGGAGCUGUUCCGUAAAGGGCUACUGAGUGAAGCAGUGCUUGCUUUAGAGGCUGAAGUUAUGAAAAAUCCUGACAAUGCUGAAGGUUGGAGGUUACUUGGAAUAGCCCAUGCUGAGAAUGAUGACGACCAACAGGCUAUUGCAUCAAUGAUGCGUGCACAGGAGGUUGAUUCGACAAACUUGGAAGUGCUUCUUGCUCUUGGUGUGAGUCAUACAAAUGAGUUGGAACAAGCAGCUGCUUUAAAGUACUUAUAUAGUUGGUUACGUCAUCACCCAAAGUAUGGAACAAUUGCCCCUGCGGAAUUGUCUGAUUCUCUGUACUAUGCUGAUGUUACUAGAUCAUUCAAUGAUGCUGCCCAAAUGUCACCUGAGGAUGCUGAUGUACACAUAGUGCUUGGUGUCUUAUACAACUUAUCCAGAGAUUAUGACAAAGCUAUUGAAUCCUUUAAGACAGCUUUAAAACUCAAGCCGCGAGAUUACUCUCUUUGGAACAAGCUAGGUGCAACACAAGCUAACAGUAUUCAGAGUGCUGAUGCAAUAUUGGCUUAUCAACAGGCACUAGAUUUGAAGCCAAAUUAUGUUCGUGCAUGGGCGAAUAUGGGCAUUAGUUAUGCCAACCAGGGUAUGUACGAGGAUUCUAUUCGUUACUAUGUCCGUGCACUCGCGAUGAAUCCAAAGGCAGAUAAUGCCUGGCAAUAUUUGAGAAUUUCUUUGAGCUGUGCUUCUCGGAAUGACAUGCUGGAAGCUUGCGACUCCCGGAAUCUUGACGUUCUCCAGAAAGAGUUCCCACUUUGAUAUAUUUAUUUUUGGGAAUGUUGGAUAAAACAAUGGGCUCUGCUGCAUAGAUGUUGCGAAGCUACCUCAAUGUCUUGGUGAUUGGCAAGGAGGACUCGGUCCAGGCUGAUGACUUUAAUCUUAAUUUUUAUUUCAAAUUAAGGUUCUAUAUCUUGCUGUGUUUGUCCGACUGAAUGACACCGCUUCGGUUUUGGUAGAACGUCCUAGAGAAUUUGAAGACCAAAUAUAAGCUAAUCUCGUUCCUUAAAAUUUGAUUCAAUGAAAUUGUAUAAUUGAGCCCCAACACUGACUAUAGGGGUAUAGUUGUUUAAACCAAACAGGAAUAUAUGAAUAAAAAUUUAUUGCAUGUUAGAAAAGCUAAAAAAAACAAGAAAUAGUGAAUAAAAGAUGGAAGGUUGUCCAAAUAAAUGCUAUUUGAUAUAUUGAAUUUUUUUAAUGUUGGCUUAAAUACA